AAACUAGUCAAUAGAGAAAAUCCAAAGCGGAUGAAAUUGAAGUGAUUGUAUGGCACAAGUGGGAAGUAUCAGCUAGCUCCAGAAUGGAUAUGUGGUUCACAUCUACCAAUCUGUCUUUCUCUCUCACCGCAUAAUUCUUACUUACACAACUAUACCUCUACCGCCCUUUCCAGCAAUUCUCUCUCACUGCUCCACCGAUCCUAUUACUCUCCUGUUUUCAUGACAUAAACCAUCAACAGUUGCUUUCCAUUUUCCACACGCAAUGUGCCAUUCGUUGCAACUGUAGUAUUAUUGUCCUAUCUUCAUAUAUAUAUCAGUCAUGGCCUCCUUAAUGCUCAGUGGAGCCCAAAAUCCAAAGCUCAUCACUGGCUUAGCCUCAACUGCUGUUAACUUGAACGACAAGUGCUUCUUCAAGAAGGCUGUGCCGUCUCGUGACAAGUUCAGGGUCAGAAAAAACAUGACCCUCAGAUGCAGCAUCUCAGCCUCUAGGCCUGCUUCUCAGCCUAGGUUCAUCCAGCACAAGAAGGAGGCAUUUUGGUUCUACAGGUUUCUGUCUAUUGUGUAUGAUCAUAUAAUAAAUCCUGGCCACUGGACCGAAGACAUGAGAGACGAGGCGCUGGAGCCUGCCGAUCUCUACAGCCGUAACCUGAGGGUGGUGGAUGUUGGAGGUGGAACUGGCUUCACAACUCUUGGAAUAGUGAAGCAUGUGGAUGCCAAAAACGUUACAAUUCUUGACCAGUCACCCCACCAGCUUGCCAAGGCUAAGAAGAAGGAGCCCCUCAAAGAAUGCAAGAUAAUUGAGGGUGAUGCAGAAGAUCUUCCAUUUCCAACUGAUUAUGCUGAUAGAUAUAUUUCUGCUGGAAGUAUUGAAUACUGGCCAGACCCGCAGCGUGGCAUUAAAGAAGCUUACAGAGUGCUAAGGAUAGGGGGAAAAGCUUGUGUUAUUGGUCCAGUCCACCCAACAUUUUGGUUGUCUCGGUUCUUUGCAGAUGUGUGGAUGCUCUUCCCCAAGGAGGAAGAGUACAUUGAAUGGUUUAAAAAGGCUGGAUUCAAAGAUGUUGAGCUCAAAAGGAUUGGUCCAAAAUGGUAUCGUGGGGUGCGUAGGCACGGUCUCAUCAUGGGUUGCUCAGUCACAGGAGUGAAACCUUUUUCUGGAGACUCUCCCCUCAAGCUUGGUCCCAAGGUAGAGGAUGUGAAGAAGGCUGUAAAUCCACUAGUGUUUCUUUACCGGUUCAUCCUUGGUGUAAUUGCAUCCACUUACUACGUACUAGUACCAAUCUACAUGUGGAUCAAAGACAAAAUUGUUCCAAAGGGCAUCCCCAUUUAAGAUUGGAAAAAGUAGGAUGGUCAAGUCUUUGUGAAGUGUGAAGGAUAUAACAAUUCAAUAUCUUACUUCAAUCUUUCCAACUUUCAAACGUAGGAGGAACCAUUAGCUUAGUUUUCUGCCGUUACUGGCUUUAUCUGUUUUUGUUGGAGAGGAUUUUACAGAAGCAGAAGAUGUGCUGAGUUUUAUUUAUCUGUCAUUUGGCAAAGAAAUAUAAAAUGUGUGAUGUGGUAGGCUGUUGUUCGAUGAACAGUGUCAGGAUCAGUAAAAUGGUGUGCUUCUUUUUUGCUUUGCUUUGUACCAAAUGUACACGACAGGCUAAUUAUGAUUGUUCUAGCUCA